AUGGAGAAUGCGAUGCUGGACAUCCCGCUAAGCAUGGAAGAGUCGGAGGAUAUAGAGCAGCAUAUUGCGGAUUUGGAGCACGAUUUGGACAAAGCGAUUGAGCAGCUCCAGCAGAAUCAGCGCUUGCUUGAAGAUAAGGAUACGAGGAUUGAUAUUCUGGAGAAUCGAAUCAAGCAAAUGCGGAUUGAUAACGAGAGAGAGAAAGAAAAAACGGAUGCGUUGCUGGACGAGAAGGACGCUGCCUACAUCCAGCAGCAGACAACGUUAGAAAAUCUAAAGGCGGAGUACUAUCAUCUGAAGCUGGAGUUGAACGAGGAGAAGCAAAAGCAGCACCAGGGCUCGCAGAAGGCAGAGAAAGAAGCCUCGGAGAUCCAGCAGCAGCUGAAACAACUGGAGGACGCCAACGAAAAGUUGAAAUCGCAAUUGCUUCACACGACCGAAUCGUAUCGUGUGGAAGAAGAGCAUUACAAAUCGACGAUCAAAGAACAGGAAAACCGGAUUGCAGAAUUAUCGUCGAGUUUAGAGUCGUCGCAGAAGCAAUUGGAAGAUUAUAUUCUCCGACUUGAACCGCACGAAGACUCGAGUCAUGAAAUCGAAGAGAAAACGGUAUUGUUUGAGCGAGAAUUGCUGAAGCUUCGACAAGAAAAAGAAGUAGUUGUUGUGGAUGGGACUGAGAUACAGCGAUUAGUCCAUGAAAAUGAUCUUCUUCGCGAGUCCAAAACGAAAACGAUCGAUGAAUACAGAGAUCUGGUGAAGAAGUACGAGGAACGAAUUGCAGAGAAGGAUGCGAAGCUUCAAGAGCGCGAAGCACUUCGCCAAGCGUCGCAUGAGAAUCAGGAAAACGGGAUUACGCUGCUUCAACACCAGAUCGAACAGCUCCAACAAACGGUUCUGAAGAAGCAAUUGCUGUUAGAUGCGUGCAAUAGCGAGAAAAGCAGUUUGGAAUAUCGGUUGGCGGACGCGUUGCGCGAUAAAGCUCGUGUUGAGAGCAUGCGACGAGGGUAA